AUUCGUCUGUUGAAUUCUGAACGCAACGGUUCGUUCACUCGCUCGCUCGCAUCCGCUUCAAGUGGAACAAAAAUAAGAAACUUUUUUAGAAAAAGCCAAAAAAUAAAUCUUGUGUAAAUCAAAAGUGCUAACAAAAUCCAAGAUAAGACUACCACUGAAAAGAGAACAAAUAAAAAGACAGCUAUAAACUCCUGCAAUCUCUCUACGUACAGGUGCCUAAAAAGACAUCUCAAGUAGUGAAGCAAGUGCAAAGUGCAAUAAAAAUAUUUUAAACAAAUUUUGCAAAGAGCAAAAAAAGGAAAAAAUAAAUUAAGUAAUAAAGUACAUACAAAAAUGGAAAUGGAUACGUUGCUGCUGCCGUCGCCGCCUGCAACACCCCCGCUGCGGGAUAACAAAAUCGAAAAUGCCGCCAAGGACAAACAACAGGUGAACGAGAAUCUGCUCAAGGCCAAGCUCAAAUUGGUGGCAAAUCAAAAGAGUCAAAAGAGUGGCAUCAUCACACCCAAUCCCUCCGAUACGGAGGACGAUGCCACCGAUGUGAGGCCACCCUGCAAAAAGGCGCGCCUGGAACAGCCGGCGGUCACAUUGACGCCCCCGCCCGAGCAAAAGGAGCAGCUGCACAAACAUGUUGCCGAACAGGAUUCCGAAUCGGAUGCACAGGCGCAACAGCGUGUCAGCGUCAUUAUGCGUGUCAAUAGUCUCGGCACCGUGGAGAAUGGCUGCAGCCCCAAUUCCAAUUCGGCUUGCAGCGAUAUUAAUGGCGCUCUGGGCACACCCAUUACGGAUGAUUAUCCCGAGGAGAAUGUGUUUCGCAAUCUAAAAUUCAAAAUGAAUCGCAAGCAGGCAGCCGAAGUUAUUUUGCCCACGACAACCACAACAACAGAGCAACAGAUCCCAACAGCUGCCUGCUCCAAGGCGCCAACGGAACCAGCACCGGCGGCAGUCUGCCCCAAUAGCUACUAUAUCGCCUCGAGCGCAGCUAAUGCACAAUUGCUGCUGCUCAGCACAGUGGCUGCCCAGGCUCAAGCUCAAUCACAGGCACAAUCUCCACCAGCUACAGUUACACAUCCAUCUGCAUCAGCACCUUCAUCUGCCAGGCCUAGCAAGACCAUUACGGCCGCCCAGGCGGCUGCCACACGCAAUCGCAUCUACGAGUGCAGUUUCCCCGAGUGCGGCAAGAACUACUUCAAGAGCAGCCAUCUCAAGGCGCAUCAGCGUGUCCAUACCGGCGAGCGUCCCUUUGUCUGCAAGUGGGAGAACUGCGAUAAGCGUUUCUCGCGCUCCGAUGAGCUGUCGCGCCACAAGCGCACCCACACCGGCGAGAAGAAGUUCCAGUGUGGCGUCUGCUCUAAGAAAUUCAUGCGCAGCGAUCAUCUCUCCAAGCACGUGAAGCGUCACAACAAGGACAAGGCGAACGGCGUCAAUCGCAAUGUUGCCUUCAUCGAAGGAUCUUCAUCGUCAUCAUCAUCGUCGUCGUCGUCCUCCUCCUCCUCAUCGUGUGAGUCGACGCUGCAGUUGCGUGCCAUUGCUCCCGCUGCGAGUCCCGUACAAAUUCCAGUCCGGACAACGAGUCCCGUCGCCGGCAGCAGUUUACACAUUUACAGUGCACAGGAUCUGAUCCGAUUGCAGAGCAGCUUUGUCGGCAACUUUGUGGCAACAACAGCAGCGCGAUAGGAUGCAACAAUCGCAAUCCUCCCCCAAUCUCAAUCUAGACAGUAUAUAAUCAGCUACUAAUCUGGCUGUAGACUUUAAGCCUAGUUAAGAGCUACUUCUUGUCAUCGUUAUGUUUGAUUUUGUGCAUAUAUCAAAUUCAUAUUCAAUAUCCUAUAUUAUAUAUAUAUAUAGUUACCAAAUCCAUUGCUUAUGAGAUGGAUUCACCUUCGUUUCAGCACACACACAUAUUUCUUUUUAGCUUUUAGUGCUUCUAUUUGUAUAUUAGCUGCAAACAAAAAUCUGUGAUAUUUAAGUUUUCUUUUUCUUAACUCUUUUUCUACUGUACAAUAAUUGUCGCUUGCUUUAUUUUCUAUUUCUGAACAAUUGUAUUUAUUGCUACAUGUGAAAAAAAAACCAGAAAAAAAAACAUAAAACAAAAAGAAAAGAAGACCUGGAAAACAUGGUACAACAACAAUGCCCAGGUUCAAAUCUCAAGAAAAGAAAAACAACAACAAAAAAAACCAAUGCGAAAAUAUAUUUUCCAUAUAAAUAAUUUACAACACCAAAGUCUAUUAAAUUAUGUUUGUGGGUUGCAAGUUGAGAUUUUGUAUUUGAAUGAAAAGAAAAGCAAUAGA